CUCCGCGCGCGACGCCCGUGUCGCGACGCUGCCAGAACCGCGCGCGAACGAUUCCGCUGUGCUUGUGCGCCAUCUCUGCCCAAAAGGAUUAUUGUGAAAUGUGCUAUGGAGCUUGUUUAUUUGUGAUCGCCCCUGACGAGGGCUGAAUUUUUGAGUGAACAGUUUUUUGUGUUUGGAAGUUCAGUAUCAGGUGUCGGAAUGCUAAAGCACGUCGCGGUGUCCCCGCACCGCACGCGCGCCGACUCCGUGAGCCUCGCCUCGUCCGCGUCCUGCUGCAGCCUGGGCAGCCUUGAGCACCGCCACGACUCCGUCACCGACCUCUCGCAUCGCACGACGACGAUCAAGGUCUACGCGCGGUGCCUCCGGCCGGACAUCGAAUACAAGACGCUCUCCGUGACGUGGGGCACUCGCGCCCGGGAGGUGGUCUCCACACUCCUGGGCAAGUUCCGCAUGAGGCACCGGGACCCGCGGCUGUUCUACCUGAGCAUGGAGGUCAGGGUCCGGGCUGCGGGUUUGAGAACCACCCUGGUGCUGGAUGACGACGCCCGCCCCGCCGCGCUGCAGGCCUGCCAUCCGAAAGGAUACUCAAAAUUUUCGCUGCAGAUGCGUCCAGGCGGCCUGGUGAAGAUCUACGACUCGGCGCUGAUGUCCUCGUCGCAGUACAAGUGCAUCCUGACCAGCGAGCAGACCACCGCCGACGAGCUGUUGGCUAUCCUGCUGCACUGCUACGACUCCACCGAGGGCGUCGAGCGGUUCUCGCUGUACGAGGUGUGUCCCGCUCAAGAGUACGAGCGCAAACUGCACCCGGACGACCUGCCGUUGCAGGUGCAGCGCGCGUGGGCGGCCGACGCCGACUGCCACUUCCGCGUGCGCCGCAACCCGCGCGCGGCCCCCCACCCGGCCCCCCGGCCCGCCCACCAGGCCCCCCAGGCCCCCCGGCCCGCCGACCCCCUCGAAGACCCCUCGCGCGCGCUCUCCGCGCUGUCGCUCGAGGCCGACGCCGAGCGCCGCUACCACCCCGUCUACCAGUACCCGAGCAUCGGCUACUGCAAGGAAACCAAAAACGACUACCUGUAUAUCUGA